AUGAGAGAUGCACCGAAAGAAAUACCGGAAAGAUACUUCCGGCUCAUCCAGGGCCCCGGCUCAAACCGUUCUCCACAAAAAUAUCUCGCAAACUGGUUGCGCGGCGAUUUCUCUGCGGUGGAGCCAGAAAAAAAACAAGCCACAGAAUCGCAUUUAUCCUCAAGUCGAGUCAAGACGGCCGCUGUUUUGUGUGUGUGCGAGCGGGGAGGUCGAGUUGAGGUGGGCACGGUACAGGACGCGUUUGAACCGCCACUGAAUUACGAUGACCUAUUUGCGAGGCAAGACUGGCAGCGUUUCAAAACAUGCAAAGCUUCGAAUCUGGCUGCUGCCUGUAGACCACUCUGA